ACGUCUCCCACCAGGCAGAAUCCCACCCAGUUACCACGAAUGCCACGACGUUUAUAAUACCCGACCGGUGCCCUUCAAACGACACUGUCCCUGUGGUAGCUGCUGUGAGUGCAUCUGUCCGUUACCUAAUACUACAAAAGCCUAAACAUGAGCAAAAUCGGAAUCAAUGGAUUUGGCCGUAUCGGCCGUCUGGUCCUGAGGGCAUCCCUUGAGAACGGAGCUGAGGUUGUUGCUGUCAAUGACCCGUUCAUUGGACUUGAUUACAUGGUCUACAUGUUCAAGUAUGAUUCCACUCACGGUCAAUUCAAGGGAGAAGUCAAGGCUGAAGAUGGUUUCCUUGUUGUAAACGGAAAGAAAAUCUCAGUCUUCAGCGAGCGCGACCCCAAAGCUAUUCCAUGGAGUAAGGCUGGCGCAGAGUAUGUCGUUGAAUCGACCGGUGUCUUUACCACCAUUGAGAAAGCUUCUGCUCACUUGGCAGGAGGAGCCAAGAAGGUCAUCAUCUCUGCCCCAUCUGCCGAUGCACCCAUGUUCGUCGUUGGUGUCAAUUUGGAUGCUUAUGACCCAAGCUUCAAAGUUGUGUCCAACGCUUCGUGCACUACCAACUGUCUGGCUCCCUUGGCCAAGGUUGUUCAUGACAAUUUCGAAAUUGUUGAAGGUUUGAUGACCACUGUUCACGCUACUACUGCCACUCAGAAAACUGUUGACGGACCCUCUGGCAAGUUGUGGCGUGAUGGACGUGGUGCCGCACAAAACAUCAUCCCUGCUGCCACUGGUGCUGCUAAAGCUGUUGGCAAAGUCAUUCCUGCAUUGAACGGCAAGCUCACUGGCAUGGCGUUCCGUGUACCUGUUGCCAACGUUUCCGUUGUAGACUUGACUGUCCGUCUUGCCAAGCCUGCUCCCUAUGACGCUAUCAAGGCUAAGGUCAAGGAGGCUGCUGCAGCGGGUGGACCUCUGUUCGGAAUCCUUGGUUACACCGAAGACGAUGUUGUCUCAUCUGACUUCAUCGGCGAUAAGCGCUCAAGCAUCUUUGAUGCUAAGGCUGGAAUUCCCUUGAACGAUCAGUUCGUUAAACUCAUUUCCUGGUAUGACAACGAGUAUGGAUAUUCAAGCCGUGUCAUCGACCUCAUCAAGUUCAUGCAGUCCAAAGAUUAAAAAUCUUAAUAUUUAAUUGCUUUCAACCACUAACUUUUGUCUUCUCAAUGUACUCUGCAACUCGUCGUAUAAUUUAUAUUUAUAACCAGAAAUACCAUUGCAGUUAGUGGAUUUGUAACACUGUCAAACGAUUGUGGAAAAGCAUUUUAUUGUGACAAGUCUUCUAUGGUAUCUGAUUUUGAUGUAGACGAUGAUAUCCUAAUGUUACAACUGCAGUCGUACAUGGUGUACAUCUUACUGGUUUUACGUGGGCAUGUCAACGAGUUCAGUAACGAUCAGUUUCCAUGCUUUCUUUUUAUUUUAGAUCUAGUAUUCAUUAAAGAUAGUUGUAAUAAUAUCGAUAGUAUACUCAAUGUUGUUACAGUAUCCAAGAAAUGUAAAUUACCCGAUUCAAAGUACUGCAUUAGUGAAUAAUUUGACGAAAUUUCAUAACAUCAGUAUCGCUCUUAUAAUUAUAAUUAAUAGCCUUAUGUUCUUUUUCAUUUAAAAACCAAAAAUGAAUAAAAAUAUGAAACUAGA